AUGUUCGCCAGAGGGUUAGUGUUUGGGCGCUCGGAGACAAGUAGGAAAAACCUUAGAGAAAAGAAGUAUUUAUCCAAGAAAGGAGGGAAGGGUGCGAAUUUCAACGAACUUUCGCUCCUGCAAAUGGUCCAAUGGAUUCCCUUGGAAGCAAAAAAUCUAUUUUUGAAUACCACGGCCGAUGAUUUCAAAACGCUCUAUGGAGCACCACAUAAGCCUUUGGCUACACCGAAUGACGUAGGCUCUGUUUAUCAUUCCCUUGAAGUCGGCCUAUGUAGUUUUCCAUGCGGCGAACAGCUUUCCCAAGAAAAGAAUACUGACUUAGAACUUAUUAGUUAUCAAGGAGAUAUGUGGGGAGCAUACAAUGAUUUUAAUUUCGCGGAUGAUCUGGGUUCGUUUACCAAUUCUUUCUUCGAUCAUACAAGCUAUUUUUCGUUGGGGAGUACUUUAAGCUGUUUUUCUUUCGGCUAUGAUUCAACAGAUUAUAAUUUAUUCGAUUAUUUCGUAAAGAAAAUAUGUCCUGUUUGCAUAUGCUCUUCAAAGGAUGGGAUAUCAGGAAUAAGCAACUCAACGAGUCCCCAGAUUGAUAAAGUCAACCCUUAUCUCAAAUUCAUCGUCCCGUUAGGUAUGAAGUCCCAGCUACUUUUCAUGACCAUAGUAGCAGUUGCUGCUAAUGAGUUGAAUAUUGUACAUCACCGUAAGUUUUACGAAGAUUUGGCUCAUAAUUAUAUGUCUUGUGUGUUGAAAGAGCUUCCGGGAUUGAUAAAUAGCAGAAAAUUAGCAAACUCAAAUGAUUGGGAUGAGAUUUUGGCCACAUUACUUAUGCUAUGUUUCGCAGACAUAUCGACUAAGUGUGGUCGUAUGUGGAUUUUGUAUCUCGAUCGAGCAAAAGAAUUCGUGAGGUACUUGAUUGACAGUCAAGUGGAGGGGGAAUUGAGUACAUUUGUUGCUAGGUACUUUGUAUCACAUGAUAUAAUGGGACAGACAGCAUGGACAGAUCUGCUAGUCCAUCGUUGGGACCCAUUUUUUGAAGACUUAAAGUAUGAUUUUGAUACGAAUAUCGACUUAUUUCUUGGAUGUAGCCCUUAUCUUAUAACUCUGAUUAAUAACAUAACUCUGUUAGGAGUUCGUAUAGAAAGUUUGGAUUUUGGAUCAAAACAUACUAGAGACACAAUCCAGCCAGCAUUAUUGGAACAGAGAAAUCGAUUGGACUUUGAGUUGAUUAAUCUUGAACAGAAACUAGCCAUAGAGGAUGUCACAGAAUCGGCGCAAUAUGUGCAGCUAAUUGCGAGAGUCAAAAAAUUAGCAGCUAUAAUAUACCUAUUUGUCAGAGUUGACCAAGAGCUUUAUUUUAAGCUAGGAAAGAGUUACCAGAAACAGUAUAAAUUAAGGUUGCAAAAUGUGAGAUCUAGGAUCUUAGAAGCGGUGUCCUUGAUGAAGCAAAUGAAUACGUCUUCUAUGUCUCUUCUUUGGCCUUUAUUUAUUGUGGGUGUAGUUUCCGAUACUGACGAGGACCAUCGCCAUUUUGUGCUUCAAAAAUUACAAGACAUGGAAAAGUCUCGAAGGUUGGCGAGUGUAAGAAUGGCGAAACACACCAUCGAAGCCCUAUGGAAAGAAAAGGAUCUUGGCUGUCUGUUGUUGAGAUGGAGAGAUAUGAUGGGAGGACGUGCUGAUACAAUAAGUUUAGCGUGA